AAUUCCAUGAACAGGCAAUGUGUACAAUUAUUUUUCUCACAAAGGGAAGACAACUCCUACACCGACCAAACUCCACAGACAAGUUUAGACUUUGUUCAUUUCCGUAAAAGUUGUAUGCCCCCAUGGACUGAGUACAACAACCAUUGUUACUUGAAAGGUCAGACGAAGGUCACGUGGGCGGAAGCAAAGGCGGAAUGUGAGGACAUGUGCUCUCAUCUCGUUGUCAUUGACAACAUGGAGGAAUCAAACUGGCUCGCUAAGGCGUUUCUUCGAGAAAACACUUGUCCUACCGACAUAUUUGCUGACUGUACUGCCUGGACGGGCGGAAAUGACCUUGAAGUUGAAGGUCAAUACCGCUGGAAUAACUCCAAUGUAACCAUGACCUUUACGUAUUGGUAUUACAACGAACCAAGCAUCAAUGAUCCAACACAAGCUUACACCAGAGACUGUAUUGAUCUGCUAAAAACUGCCAAGUGGAAUGACAGACCAUGUUCCUAUCUUAAUUCUUUUAUUUGUGAAAAAUCUUAUUAUAUUUAGAUAAGAUUUACAGCAUAUGUCACACAACAGCAAACUGUGUCUAAAAAUAAUUUGGGAAUGACAUUUUCUUUACUGACUUAUAUUUUUGAGAUUUCUACUUUCGGUCUAAAGAACCUUAUUCAGUAGUAACCUAUAUUUGCCCCCAAAAUCAAACAGAGAAAUAUUUUAUUAUGUUCUGAAACAGGAGGAUACAUGCUAAAUUCAAAUCACUGAAUAUUUUCAUAAACAAUGACGUCAUAUGUUUGAAAUGACGUCACGAAAAUGACGUAAAUUUAAAAUUUCUAUGAUUUCUACAGAAAAAAAAUGUAUAUAUUACAUCGAUAUUUUGAGUAAAAGUCACAGCGCACAGGUUUGAUCAGGCUCAAUAUUUUGAUAUAAUUUGUAAAAUGAUAAUAUCAAUGAAUUAUGUAAAUAUUGGUCCUCAGCAAACUUGCGCUCUAUAAAUUUCAAAGCUAAAAUUGUUGAACGUUUUUCAAUUUUGUCCUCUUUCUUAAAAACGAUAAAAAAUUGGACUAGUUUGUGACAUCAUAAAAACAAAAAUUGUUAAUGUACUACUUUGAAACUGUAAUAUGUUUUGUUAAUUUAUAUUUCUCCUACAAUUAACCCCGGUAUAGAAUUCAGCAUAUUUCAAUAAUUUCAAAAUUUGACAUUUGUGGGGGCAAAGAUAUGUAAAAUACCGCAUAUAUUUCUUUACCUUAUUUCUUUUGAAAAAAAAACCAUUUACCUAUGAUUAUGGUUUAUCUUUUAAAAUUCUAUU